AUGAACGGCCUCCAGGAUAUCGAUGGGCUUUCCGAAUGCAUCGGUCGGGCCAUCCAGGACCAUCUUGCCAGAUUGAACGUCAAUAUCGCAUGGCCACAGCUCGACAACCUUGACCAUCCCAUCCUUCGCGUGGAGGCUUUCCUCGAAGAGGCCGAUGCGAACCAUGUAACAAGAGCGCAGUCCGAGAGGGUCGCGUCGAGAACCGUCGAUCUGGCGAGUAUGAGAACGCCGGCCCCCACACAAAGUCCAAUGCCGGUAGAUUCUAACGACUGUGAGGAGUCAUCGUCGAUGGACGAGUCUAAUCCCCGGGACGACCCGUACCCAUCGGAACAACACUCCCGCGAUACCCGUAGAAAAGGUACUGGCGGUCUAAGGGUGUCGCAGAACCAGUCGUCCUUUCAAGAAGAUUUGACCGAGCACCAACGCCAAAUGCAGGUGGAUAGCCGAAGCUUUCCCAAGCGGAAAAAGGUAGCGUCUGAUAAGUUUGUCUUCCAGCCUUCCACUCUAGACAAGCUUAUCAUCGGAAUUUGGGAGCAAGUACACAGUACACUCAACCUCGACCCGAAAGCUAUAUUCGAACAGUUCCAGGUAUCGCCCAAUGGAUCCUCCAUGGGUGUGGUUCGACAAACGCAAACGGAAGAGCCAUCAGCAGCCAUUACCACUUCGAACACGAAAUCCGAAUCCUUCAGUCAGAUGAAUGUUUUCUGUCGCAAGGUCACACAAGCGAGUCGUGUGUGCCGGUCAAUAGAAAUGAUUGUACAAGCUCGCUGGGUCGAGCUCUUUGAGGAGCAGGUACAAUAUCGGAGCCAAUCGAGGCCUGACCUGUCUACGACAAAGCACAGGAAAGCUGUGUUUAUGGAAGCGUGCCAGGACUUCGACUGGUCUGAAAAGGAGUUGCGCAAUAAAAUGGCCAUCUGGCGUGGUUACAAAGAAGUAAAAGACGCAGCGGGUUGGGCUGCGCUUGUCUUCGCUGGCAUGGGCAUUUACCGAUUCUGUAAAUACCGAGUAGGCUUUGAUAAAGAUGCGAUGCGCCGGCUACGGAACCUGCGAAAGCGUCUCGAAGUCGCAGCCGAUACCCUACAUCCCCACUGGCGCCAGUUGUUGUCGAUUGUUGGCGAAUCGCAAACCCUCGAAUACCCUGGACACCCGCACGAUUGGGUUGUUUUUGAGGACGGAUCGGAUCCCGUACCCUUGCGCCAAACAUAUCAGCUUCACGAUCCGUAUUUUGCUUUUGAACACAUCGACGAGUCAAUCAUUGAUGAAUCGGUCUGGGGAUGCGAAGACCCACGAUGGACGCCACAAUCGAACGCUGUCGCUAGACCAGGUGGAGUGUACAUCUGCGCUUUGUGCAACGAGCCACAAUCCGACAACCCACAGGACAACUCAUGUUUCUGUUUUCCAACCCUUUUUGGCUGUGUAAAGCGAAAGCCACCACCCGUUCAAAUUGUCAGGACGCCGGACGGCAGAAAUAAUGGCCUCGUAGCGUUGACGUCGUUCGAUCGUGGAACGGCUAUCGGCGAGCUUGUUGGAUUGAUAACAAACGGAGUCAGACAUCUUGACGUGUUGGACAGUUCAACACCCUUGGCUAAUUACCAGAUCUGGCAAGGCAGAGCAGGAAAUUUCACGCGCUUCAUCAACCAUAGCUGUAAGCCGAACUCGCAAUCCUCCACUUUUACCUGGCUGGACACACAAAGGGUAGUAUUGGUCAGUAAGGGGAUAGACGCAGGAAAGGAGAUUACAUUAGAUUAUGGGGACAAGUAUUGGGCUGGUGCGAAUCCGAAAGCAGAAGCUCCCGUAGCCGUAUCGAUAAGACUAGCGCGAUUGAUCCCUGCACAAAAUUUCGGAGACAACUGGAACUUGAGCCGUCGACAUACAUGCGAAACAUCAACCACAAUCAUGGCGACCUCCGAUUACAGUGAUUCUGGUGCAUCCGACCAGGAAAUUCUCGAGGCACAAUCCGGAGCUAGGAAGAGAAGGAGACUGUCGCCGACCGAGGAUGUAAGCUCGGCUUCCGAAGCUGAAGUUGUCCAACCACUACCAGUCGCAGCCUCAUCAAUCUCGCGCAUCAAAGCAAAGCAGCAAAACGCGUCGGCAGACGAUGCCAAAUCCGCCAGGUCUGUUGGAACCACACCGAAAACCAACCCUAAACUGGAUUUCGCGUCGCUCAAUGUAGCGCCAUGGCUCGUCAAGUCGCUCGCAAGCAUGGAGAUCAAGCGCCCAACUGGCAUUCAAGCCUCCUGUAUUCCUGAGAUUCUCAAGGGAAAAGACUGUAUCGGUGGCUCAAGAACUGGUACAGGUAAAACUAUAGCAUUUUCGUUACCGAUUCUGCAGAAAUGGGCGGAGGAUCCUAGUGGUAUCUUCGCCGUUAUUGUCACACCGACCCGCGAGCUCGCGAUCCAGAUCUACGAGCAAGUGAAAGCAAUCUCAGCGCCACAAUCAAUGAAACCCAUUCUGAUUACCGGAGGCUCAGACCAGCGCUCCCAAGCCAUCGCUCUGGCCUCACGACCCCACGUCGUCAUUGCAACACCAGGCCGGCUAGCAGAGCACAUCCGCACUUCGGGCGAGGACACAAUCUGUGGCCUCCGGCGCGUACGCUUUGUUGUCUUUGAUGAAGCCGAUCGUCUACUCGCUCCAGGCAAAGGCUCCAUGCUGCCCGAUCUCGAGACCUGUUUAUCCGCUCUACCUCCCAAGGAAACACGACAAACCCUUCUAUUUACUGCCACCGUGACACCCGAGGUCCUGGCACUCAAAUCCCAGCCCCGAGCUCCAGGCCGUCUUCCAAUCUUCGUUUCCGAGGUCGAUACCGAGGAUCUAGCAAUUCCACCAAGACUGCAGCAAAAGUACCUUCAAACGCCAGUUACGCACAAGGAAUGUUAUCUUCACGUCUUGUUGAAUACACCAGAGAAUAGCAAAAAGAGUGUCAUUAUAUUCUGCAAUCGUACAAAGACAGCCACGCUCCUGGAGUACAUGCUGCGCCUCCUUGAUCACCGCGUCACAGCACUGCACUCUGGUCUCAAGCAAAACGAUCGUGUGGGUAACCUCGCUAGGUUCCGUGCGCAGGCUGCUAGGAUACUCGUCGCUACUGAUGUUGCGGCCCGUGGUUUGGAUAUUCCAGAGGUGGCGCUUGUUAUCAACUUCGAUGUGCCCCGUGAUCCGGAUGAUUAUAUCCAUCGUGUCGGUCGUACGGCUCGUGCUGGGAGGGUUGGUACGAGUAUCACUUUGGUUGGACAGAGGGAUGUAGAGCUUGUAUUGGCGAUUGAGUCGCGUGUGGGAAAGAAGAUGGAGGAGUUUGAGGAGGAAGGUGUUAGCGUUGAAGGCAGAGUCGUCCGAGAUGCGCUUAAGCCUGUAACUGAGAAGAAGCGCGAAGCUUUGUUGAGUAUAGAGGAGGGCAGAGAUGUAAUGGGCAAGCGACAGGUGGGCAUGAAGAAGAAGCGGGCGGAGUAG